GCGAGCGCCUGAAUGAGAGAGAGCGGCAGCACGCAUGCGUUGGAGAGGCGCGGAGGCGAGGAGAGUCUCACUGCCUCCGAUUGUUCAAUACGAGUUUUUUCCUAGGAGCCGCCUUCUGAUUGGACCUUCUCCCGCGGAGUGCGUGAGGCCCCGAGCGCGAUAAACACGGGGCCCGAGGAUGCAGUCGCUUCUGCGCCGGCCGCCGAGGGGCCACGUUGGCUGUGACUAGCGCCUACACCACCGAGCCGGCUGUUGGACUCGCGUCUCGCUCCGGCUGCGCCCGGCACGUCGACGUCCUGUCAUCGCGACAGGAAGCUCCAGCACCGGCGUCCCUGCAGCCGCGGCCUCUGCACUUGGGCCGCCGAAAGAUCGGCACACGUUCUCGGCCACAUUUAGCCGGUCGUCCAGAGAGGGAGCCACUUUUCCCGCCUGACUUCCCCGCAGAUACGCUGUCUCGGUGGCCUUGGGCCUCCCGUCCCUUGGCCGUGGCGGAGCUGGCGCCGACCGGCGGAAUGACGCGCGUGGGCAACCAGACGAACAGCACGGACCCGGCAGCGGUCAACUCGCGCAUCUUUGUGGGAAACCUGAACACGCACGUGGUCUCCAAGGAGGACGUGGAGCGGCUCUUCAAGCGCUACGGACGCAUCAUCGGCAUCUCUAUGCACAAGGGCUACGCCUUCGUCCAGUACACCGACACUUACGACGCGCGCAACGCGGUGCUUGGCGAGGACGGUCGCACCAUAGCGGGCCAGAUCCUCGACGUUAACAUGGUUUCUGAGCCCAAGCCUCACCAAGUUAACCGCAAAAGGCAGAACCUUGCGCCGGAUCCGUUCGCCACCCCCCGGCAGCUGGGCUCCCCGGUGAAGCGCGCCCGCACCGAGCCGCUCGCUUUCCGGCCAGCCAGCGCCAUCGGCGGCAACAAGGGUGUUGCCAAGAAGAAGCUGCACACGUACGCCGAGCCGGACAUCCUCAUCUGCGGCAACUGCCGGGAGGUGUUUCCGGGCCUGCAGAAGCUGCUCGACCACAAGCGCCACCGUUGCCGACUGCGCUUCACCUGCCGCUGCCACGUGGUCGGACUCUUUCCGGCCGAGUCGCCGCCCGGCAUUCCGUUGCCCAUCUGCGCUCAGUGCCUGGCACGUUGUGGAAGUUGGUGGGAGCUGGCCUGCCACCUUGAAGCAACUCAUGGAAUGUCCAUUUACCACCAUCCACUGGAGGCAGCCACGAAUUCGGACGAGCACGACCCGAAGAGCUUGCAGUCGGACCAGGCCAUGGCGUCUCCGAACAACGACGGUGGCUGUGAGGAGGCGGCCAGCGUGGCUUCAGACAGCCGCAGCGACGACUGGGCCUCCAUCGUAGUCGAGUGCGCCAACCACGGCUCCAAUGGUGCCCACUCAAGCAGCGACCUCACCGACGAGGGCGUGGACAAAUCCCACGUUGACUCGCCGGUGGGUUCAAGCCACGACACCUUCGAGAAAGGUGUAGACACAACGGAUCUGCAGCCGAUCAUUGCCGCCGAGUAAACCUCAACAGCGGCUACGCUCGCCUCUUCGACGACGAGAGCAACUCAGGACCGGCAGCGAGGCAUCUAUGUUUGUUACAAUUUUGUUUCCACUACAUGGUUCCUUUCCGACAACCCGCAACGUGAAUACAAUACGCCAAUAUAGCUGUGCCAAGUCAGGAAUUGACUUCGACAACACAUUCGAUCAGUCAUUCACAAGCUGUGCUAAGAGACAUCUCGAGAUUUUAUGCCACACGCACACAUUAGGAGUUUCUGUCGUAGUUCUCAUUCCUGUUACCGUAACGUGUCAAUCGCAAAGCGUUAUUCACUUGCUAAACAUUUCGAAACGGUGUUUGUUUUUUCUGGUUUUCCUUUUUUCAUUUGUGCACCAGCUUGUAAGUCCUCAUCUGCAGACAAAGGUGACCGUGUGAUGGCCUUUCGCAGUCUGCCCUUUUUUUUUCUUUUCACUAUGUCUUGUUUAUUCCUUUUCAUGCGACAUGCAGUGCUGUUUUGUUUAAAGAGCUACAGUCAUUGAUUACUGUUGCAAACAACAAUGAGAAGUGCGUAGAACCAUUCUCCGCCAGUCCCUGAACUACGCCACGAACUUGAUGCGCUAUGACUCAUUCAGUGCCCCCGGUCGUUAUUGCUGCUAAAUGCAGUAACUAAAAUCUUGAGAACAGAAAUUAGAACAAGGAAGUCUGCACGAAUGUCGAUUUCGCAUGAAUAGAACCAUGUUACUAUACAUAGAAAGGAGUCAAAGCAACAACCCCAAAAUGUACUGUCUGCGACACACACAGUAUAUUUCAUUCUCCUGCAAUCUGCGGUUUCCGUUUUCUGUUGCGGCCGCAGGGCAGUCUACGUCAGUGCACAUGCGUCUGGAGCAAAUAAUUUUCUGAAUAUCAAAGUUUUGUAUUGCCGGUGCUUCCUAAGUUAUGACACUAAAUGUCAAAAAAGUUGCCAAGUGUUACCUCGGUGUCAAAUGCGUUAACUGGAGGAUUUCAAUAAGCCGUUGCAGCCUGCUUGAAAUAAUGGGUGCAGCUUUAGGGGUGCGUGAUGAGCGCGCAGUUAAAUGCAUCGCGAAACGGCAGCAUGCAUAGAACAGAACGGACUUACAGAAAUUAUCACAUGAGUUCCACGCUAGAAAAUGUGGGACAUGGGCGGCGGUAGGGUGCAACGUGGAGAUGUUGCUUAGUACCCGUGCCUCGCCUAAACAGCACGGAAGAGCAUGCAGUACGGCUCGAUCAUUCCCCACUGCUCCGAGGCCUCUCUUUAGGCAUGACCUGGAAGUAUCAUAAGGUAUAUUUUAUAAAAAAGAGGCUACGGUAAAGGCAAAAGUUAGUUUUCCCGGCAUGCCGUUGUUUCCGUUUCCAUUCCACCUGUGCUUGCACAUGUACAGUGUAGACGUAGUUGUUAAAAUAUUGUAAGUUUUGAGCUUGUAGUUGUAACAAAAAGGGUCAUUUGUUCUGAACUAUCGAGGACUUCUGGGCUGUUGGUCUGCUCGUGUCGGAAUAACCCUUGAUGUCUACAAGCAUGAAGAGCUUACAAACGCGGAGGUAUUAUUUUUAUCAAAAACUGACUCACGCUGAAGAAGCUCUGGCACCCACUCAAGUCUCGGCGUUGUAGAUGCCCAACUUGGUCGACAUAGUGCAAAGGAAUGCAUGUUGACUGCUGCAUUAGAUAAAUAUGCAUCGAAUUACGCUUUUAAGGCGCUGACUGAGGCGAAAUCGUGGCCGCAUGGUUGAAAACCUUUCUUCUCUCAGGCCCAUGUACGAGCCCAAACUCAUGCUUCACCUUACUUAUCGUUUUCUUUUCAUUUCCUGUUAUCUGCAGCCAAGGAACGUGAAGUGUGAGUGUUCUCCUUGCACGACGUCAGAAAAUGACGUGCUGAUGACAGUUUUAACAGUUCGAACGCGUGCGAGCUGAUCGCUGUUGGGUUUUCGCUGCCGGCCAGUUGGGUGCAAAGCUAUUCGAAGUUUGUCCGGAUGAGGCGCCUUCCUUUGUUCUGCGGCGUUGCGUGCGAAUCUCCUAAACACACGCCUGUAAAUCUGCGAACUUAUUGGUAGCGGUGAAAUAAAUGAAACCCAGUUUAAAAGCCUGAAAGUUAACUUUUGUUUGAUUUUGUUGGCAGGGGAAAGUAGACCUGCUGUUAGUACUGACGCGUUGUCAUGUCGAGGCCCGCUCUUGCUUAUAAGAAAGUAUUCAGGCAAGACAAUGGCAGCUAUGCAUAUCUCAAAGAAAAUACGGGCGCUUCCUUGCAAUAUGUCCAGAGGGAGAUGUUGGAAACCAUAGGAAAAACUGACUGCUUCUUUUCCAUCAGUUUUUUUUUUUCACUUCUUUAUUUGAGCUAGUAAAUGUCGCCAUGCUCUGUUAGCCCGCACAAUAGAGCCGCUUAACUUUAGUAGCGACGAAAGCUGCUGCGCUUUGGCUUGCUCUACAACUGAUUGCUUCAGCGGUUAUCACGCUGGUUUUUUUGCAUACAAGGACAACAAACUGUAAAGACAGCAUCCGUGCAGCCUAUAAUGUAGUAUUUUCGUAUUCUCUAUCACAAUAAAACAUAUCCUCUAUACUAUUCGUUAAAAUAAAGCAUUAAAAGACGUAGGGUUAUGCUGCACAUAUUCAAGUGACCUGACACUUUAACAUUUGCUGUCCCUUGUGAACAGGUACGUGCUUAUAAACGAGGUGUUUUUUUUUUCCUCAGGUGACCUCGGCGUGCGUUUCGCGCCUCUGUAAGCGCGCAGUUUCUGAUGCGAUAUUGGUGCCAAAAAAGCCUGGUAUAUUAUUUUACAUCUGGCUAAAGCCUGUGGAAAUAUAUUUUCAUACUGGAACAAUAUAUUUCUGCUUGGUCACAGUUUGAAUUUAAUGUUAUCGUGUCAGUCCGGAAAUAAAAUAACACUAUAUUUUGAGGAAGUUAAGGCACAAGAUUUCGAGCUCCAAGUCUUGUGAAUACCAUUAGAGCCUUCAGGUAAGAGCCGAUAUGUCGUCUGAAACACCUCCUAUUCUUCAUUCUUUCUCUUUUUCUUCUUUUUUUUUGUGGGGAGGAGUUGGAGGGGGGGGAUCGGUUGCAGAAUUUCGUCCUCAUAAAGAAAAAAUCAGGUAGGGUAAGCCAGAUCGCGAAAGUUUACAUAUCCAUGAUUUUUCUUUGAAUCAUGGAUCCGUUUGGUUUUUGUUUUAUUGCUUUGUUUCUGUCUAACGACAUUGAAGUUUUCCCCGAAAGUGUAAAAAUGGCUCUAUAGCACACAGGAUUGACACGAUAAGUCGCAUUUCUUUUGAGAGGGCACUUCGAACCGUUUCUUCAAUCCAAAUACUCUGCAAUUUAGUCUGGCUCAUUUGUGAAACACAUAUUUGUGAUUUAUUUUCACGCAGAACAGAAUACGUAAGCGGCAGCCGCAUGCAGCUCUCUGGAGAGGCGAUAAGCGCUGCAGGCACUGCACCGAUUUAUGUCUCUUGUUUAGUAUCGUGCCAAAUCUCUCAUAUAGCUACUAAACCGUUUUAGUUACCUAACUUGUUCUGCAGUCACAAUGCUAUUUUACACUGUCCUCAGUCACUGCUCAUUUCUGCAAUAUUGAGGUGAAAUAGGAAGAUAAAAGAAGCUGAAAUCGCCAAUGUUUCAUGUGCUUCCGUAGAACGUUCCCACGGCCAUGUUGUAGGCGUUCAAUACAGUUAUUUCGAUAGUUUAUUUUUUCAAGUAUGCCUGUUUUUCCCAAGAGACUUGCGAGUAUUUUUUGAAGGCACCGCCCAUGCGCAAGUCGAGCAGACGGACGGCCUUUAAGCGUCUCCUGUCACGUGCAGUCGUGUAAAACAAAAUACCACGUUUGUUAGCGUAUGUACAUAACGUAGUUGUAGGUGAGCGUAAAUGUAAUAGUCUAUACGCCACGUAUAUACAAAAUAAACGUAGUCCACAGAGCGCGCUAACAGCGCCACCUGCGCCAGCACUCUUGGGCGUCGGCCUGUCAUGUCUGUCUUCCUCGGUGUGAACGUCGUCUUCGCAUGAGAAGUGACAACUCUCGACCAAUGUUUGCACGCAACACAGAAUGCAACUUUACUCUGUUGACACAAUGGAGACUUAUUUUGUUGGCACUCACAUUCGUUGAAGCCUGUCUUCGCUAUUGUUCAUAAGGCACAACAAAACUGUAGAAUACGUACCGUAGAGUCAGACCAUGUACUAUACAUGUAUGUAGCAUUGCAGAUUGCCCGUGUAGUGCUUUAACGCAUUGUGUGACUCGUGUGCGCAUUCAUUCAUUGUUCGGCUGUAGCAAGCUUCCGCCUCACCAGAGCCCGUAUUCACAAAACGUCAUGGAUGCCAAGUGUGCCUGGCGCCCAAAUGGCCGGCCAUUGAGGAGACGGUCUUCCGUUGGGAAAGUUUUGUGAAUGCGGGCCCAGAUGUAUUGCGCUACUUAGACGGUGUCCUCAAGGUAGUGUAGAACUGUUUCACGAGCGGCAUACUAAAGCGAAGAGAAAAAAAAAGAGCUGGCUCAGUAUGAGCAUGCAUUGUGACGCUUUAGGUGCUCUGUUCACAAAAUAUUAAUAAUAAUAUAUUGGGCGCGUCUUCUAAUGUUUUUAUACCCACGGAUAUGUUUGUAACAUUUACUUAAUAUUGCUAUAUUGUAUGAAGCACCCAUCUGAAAACGUUUCUAGUGAUUGUUUCGAUAUCUCGUUGUUGUGGCCGCACUAUAUAGCGCCUUUACAGUUUCUAGUCACACCUUAAGGUCGAUUUUAGUGAAUUACUUGAAAAAAACGUGGGUGAACUGUCUAAUCUACUUGGUGGUCAAGGUUAAGUUCUCUGCUGUCGUGUGCGCCAACUUAUCGCACGUAACACUGUUGAAACCUUAACGGCUUUAGUUGGCUCUGUUGCGCAUUUGUUUCUUUUUAUUUUGUUUGCUGCUAAACAAUAGUGUUGUACGCAACGGAUUCUUGUACCUUUUUGUCAAGCUGCCACAACAGCUGCCACAACAGCCACAGCAUAUUAGACAGUUUUAGCAGAGCGUUUGCUUGCGCUCCGCUCCGCACACGUUUCACGCGCACCGGUGGCUGCACAGAAUGCAUUGAUUUCGCUUAUCUAACAAGAGCGCCUUCCAGAGAUGCCACUGACGUUCUCUCAGCUUGGCGGUAAAACGAUUACGAAAGCAACUACACGCUCCCUGACGCACCGCUAAAUCAGGUUCUUAGCGGAACGUGGUCAGCGUCCCACGUUCCGCUGCCGCUAUGUGUGCUGUGCGCACGCGCGUCAGUGUUCCCAGUAGCGUUUUGCAGAGCGGCUGCGUGCCAAUUGUUGUGAUAGGCCGGUCUGAGCGGAGCGGACCGUAAACGCUCUGCUAAAACUCUCUAUUAUCCUGUACGUGGGAAAUAGGGUACGAGCACAUUUGUUAAAGAGGAGAGGGAGACGAAUACAUGAAAAGGGGCUGAAGAACUUUUAACUUUUAUCAAGCCUGUUCGUCUGCAUUAUCACGAAGACGUACAUUAGUAUAUUUUGUUGCGCGCUUCAAUUCGUGAAUUGCCAGUUAGCUCCCGGUUUCUUGUUGUUCACUGCAAGUCACCAUUGGCUCUGUGCAACCUUGCAGUAUACGGCUUUAGCCCGCACGUCUGAAGCGUGGGAGCAGUGUGUGGCAGGACGUGCGUCUGCGCCCUCUAGUGGAGGCCGCUGAAUAGACACGAUUUCGGUAGAGCGAUUUGGGCGAGAUGGCCAAACUUCAUGACAUAAAAUCAGCAGUUCCUCGCCCGCAGUUAUUUGCUUUAACCGCACUUCGGUGCUUUGCACUGUUCUUACGUCAUGAAGAGACGAUUUCCUACUCAGCAAGCGGCCGGCGCCUUACUGGCUUAUCGCUGCUGGUUGCGUUGCCGUUGGUGCUGCCUUCUGUGCUACGAACACAGCCGCUGCAAUGAGCGAUGAGUGACGCGAGGCCAUGUAAGGCAUGCCUUCGUUUUGCAUUUAGGCAACUGCUGAGGCUCACCUGGCGUACGUUAAUAUCGUUAAAGGCGAAUUGUAUAGUGAGAAGGACGAGUAAGCUUCAAUCAGCCCAUUUGGCGACGCGUGCUCAAAACAAGUUGUCUCGAACCAGCGCUCUAGACGGCGCAAUUGCACUUCGGAACGCACCUGCGCUCUAUACAAGUGUGCUGGAGGCUGCACGAGUCUAAAGGUGAAUUACUUUUUCUUUCUUUCUUUUUGUACAUUCCUCGGUCAGCUUUGGCUCCCAGCAGUACAACUGUCAACAAAGAACGUAGCUGUAAAAACAAAAAUGACGGUGCUAAGAGGAAGUAGAGCGCUUUUUUUCUCUUGUAUGGCAUCCUCGUGACUUCAUGGGGGAAGACGUCUGCUACAAACGAUUCUUGACGUACACGUAUGGCUCUAGAGCCACCAAAUAUUUUGUAGAUGCUUUAUAGAAGGGGUUCGGGCAAAAUCUGUUUUCGUGUCGACUUUAUCCAACCAAGUCUAUGCGUAAAAUUAUGGGAUAUACUGUUAAGAGAACUUGAAAUUAUUCUUGUAUAGCCGACAGCUGGUAACCGACCCCACCCUAAUAUUAUGUAGACGCCAAUAGUCGACCUAGGUGCUGCAAUUUUCCUAGCCUUUCUUCAUGCACACAAGUUGAUGGCCCGCUCUGAACACAUC